UAAUUUGCAUUUGAAGAGAAAGCGAGCGAUUGCGGAAAGGUUACCUGAAUUAUUUUAAUAGAUAAGCUUAUGGUGCCCAUGGGAAAAGAAUUUCAACGAACACAUUUACUCUUUAAAGAAUGAAUUUCCCCUCAGAAAGCGACCACGCGAAUGAAGUCGAUUUCUUUACAGGCAAAUGGAACGCGUAACUUUUCAUUCCCGGUUUGUUUACAUGACACACAACUGCUCUGAAAAGUAUGGCGGACGUCGACAUGGCGAAUUGUUCCCAACGAAAUGUCGUCUCCAGUCCAGGAUGUUCGAGCUCUGGGGCUGUUGUUGCCGAAAUGUUUGUACUGUCGAUGAUUUUUGUGGGAUCAGUGCUCGGAAAUGGGCUAAUUCUACUGGUCAUACAGAAAAGUCGGCGAAGCGAAUGGACGACCAAUUAUUUUGUUUUGAGUUUGGGCUUAUCGAACUUGACGGUACCCUUCAUGUGUGUUCUUUGGACCAUGAUCUGGAUCAUGCGUGGUUCUUGGCUGUUUGAUGGAACGUGUAAACUGACUGUUUUCUUCCACUUCUUAAACGCUGGUGUAUCUUCGGGGCUUCUGGCCUGUAUUUCACUGGAUCGUUUCUAUAUCAUUGUACAUCCGUUAAAAUUCAAAAUGAGCCGUUCUCAAACCAAAGAGCUUAUUAUUUUCGUUUGGAUCUUUAUGAUCUGUUCUUCGGCACCAACUUUGUAUUUUUUCACAUCAACGUCGCCAGACAAGGUGGAUAACGAACAUUUUUGCCGUCCCGACUUCACGGGAGUUGAAUGGAAGGUCUUCCUAAUGUUAUUUUUCUUUCUUGCGUUUUGUUCCCCUCUUAUCUUCACUGUUGUGAUGUACUUGCGAAUUGCUUUCACUAUUAUAACUCGAAAUCUUCACGCGAAGAGUACCUCUAAUAGUUUCAGAAGGAACGCGUUCCGCGUACCUCGUUCGAAAAUCAAAGUACUUCGUAUGCUGUUCCUUCAGUGGCUCGUAUUUAUUUGUUGUUGUCUUCCGUACUUUCUAAGCCUUGUUCUAUCUUCGUUGAACUCUAUUUUAAAGCCAUACGUGUACGUGUGUUUGUUACUACUGUCCUUUUCAAAUUCAACGUUAAACGUAGCGAUAUAUGCCCUUUUUAGUGGGGAUUUUCGCCAAGGAUGCAAAAGAGUGUUUUGUAAGCCCGAUGCAUCACAGGCAUACCGAUUGACUUCACUCGGGCGCAAACAUCGCAUUGCUCCUUUCGAAUUUAGCUCUGAUCACGGAGAGGGAAUGGAGUUACGGCUUCCAGAACACAAACCAGUAGAUAAAUACUCUCAAAGUAGACAAAAUCGUGGAGGUGCGAAUGGUCAUUUUAAUACUUUAGAAAAACAAAACCAAGCUUGGGCGGUAAGAAGUGCAAGCGAUCGACAAGGUAGCAUUUAGA